GAGGUGAAUGGAUAAUAUCUUAGUUAGAUGUGAAGCGUUGAGCUGAAAGCAAACAUGUUCAGGUUUUCUUUAAUAGUCUGUAUUUCUCUGAUAUUUGGCGUCACAGCAAAGCCAUAUAAACCCUGGAAUAAACUCCCAGAUGAAGCAUUCCAGGAUACCGUUAUGUCUUUAGAUGGCGAAGGAAAGAUGUCCUGGAGGGUGGAAGUGGAGCCUCCAGAGGACAUGGAUGAGACUGACUACGACAUUGACCCAGAGAUGAAGAUUUGGAAAAGCAUGACAGGCGGGCAGGAAGAACAGCCCCUAAAGGCAGAAGAAGACUUGGAAGAGCUGUACCAUCCUUCAGUGGUAGAUCUCCUCAAAGUUGAAUUUCAAAACCGUGAUGCCCUCCCUGCUGCCGACAUCCAGGCUGAUCCCUGGCAGGAGGUUGCGAACUUGAAUCAGGAACCAGAAGAGGAUAAAGACGACGUCGACCACCCUGGUUUCGGUGAGGCGGCACCAAACGAGCCUGAGCAGGACUGGGACGAGGUCUACCGCAGAGCGAGCGAGGAGCUGGCUGGAUAUCUCGCUCCACUCGUGGCCGGAAACAAACCUGAUGCAGAGAUCCGUGUUUCACACUCUGAACCAGAGAAGGACGAGGACGAGCUGUAUCACCACGACGACCAGGGUUCACCUGUGCAAAAGGAGCUGCUGAGCCGUGAGGUCGCGGGUGAAAGUGAGGUCAGAGUUCACUUUCAGCCAGAGGAAGACAUGGACGACCUGUACCACAAAGACUUCCUGAACCUCAUUCCUCACCCGGCUGAUACUGAAGCUGCUGCACCACCCGCUGACCCUAACCCAUUCCAGAGGAGGCACAGCCAACCAGAGGAGGAUCUGGAUCAUCUCUUCCACCAGUGAUCCCUCAACCACAACCUAACCUGUGUAGAGCCCUCAUCUCAUCUCAGAUAAAACCAUAGCUUUAAAUACAUCAGAAGUGCUUUUUGACUUCAUUAAACUGUCAUUAAGAAUCAA